AUGGUGGGCUCUAAGGCAGUAAGUCGGAAGGACGAUGUGUCUGCAUUCUCUGUAGACCCGGAACAGACCUCGAAAGCGUCUAAGGCACUAUUGGCGCACAUUGCAAAAGCCGCCAAGGAGAAAUCAGCCAAUGCGACCAAGAAGAGCCUCCUUGAUGACACGGAGGAGGACCAGAGUCAAAUUAUUGCUCAGACACCAGUCUGGCUUGCUCUGACUACCAAGCGACACAUUCUCGAUUCGAAUCGAUUACAGCCUGGCAAGAUCGUCCUGCCUCACCCUUUGAACACCGAUCCCGAGACGACGAUAUGCCUUAUCACUGCGGAUCCCCAACGCGCUUACAAGAACAUUGUUGCCUCGGAGGAGUUUCCUGCUGAGCUGCGCAAGCGCAUUACCCGUGUCAUCGAUCUAACCCACCUCAAAGCCAAGUUCAAGCAGUAUGAGGCUCAGCGCAAGCUCUUCUCAGAGCACGACAUCUUCCUCGGUGAUGAUCGAAUCAUCAACAGGCUGCCUAAGGCGCUUGGCAAGACCUUCUACAAGAGCACGAUAAAGCGACCCAUCCCAGUCGUUCUCCAAAAGCCACGGGAGAAGGUCGACGGAAAGAGGGUGAAGCGUGAGAAGAGCAAGGACGAUGUGAACGCCCGUCCUGCUGCGGAAGUAGCUGCUGAGAUCCAACGGGCUAUUGGAGCCGCCCUGGUACAUCUCUCUCCAUCAACAAACACAUCUGUAAGAGUCGGUUAUGCAGGCAUGAAGCCAGCGGAGCUGUCUGCGAAUAUCCAGACCGUAGCAGCGGAGCUGGUGAAGAGGUUUGUGCCUAAGAAACAGGACAAUCUGAGAUCCAUCUUCAUCAAGGGCCCCGAGACUGUGGCUCUCCCGAUUUGGCAAACAGAUGAGCUGUGGCUAGAUGCUGAGAAGGAUGUUCUGGCAGAUGGUUCCGAGAAGGCGAAGGCCAUUGAGGCUAAAAAGGAGAAGCCCAAUAUUGGCAAGAAACGAAAGUCACUCGACGCUGCUGACGAUGAGGAAGAGGUAGAGAAGGAGGAGCCGCAAGCCAAGAAGCGAAAGAGCGACAAGUCCGAGAAGACCGAGAAGACCGAGAAGAAGGAAAAGAAGGAAAAGAAGGAGAAGUCUUCAAAGAAAGAGAAGCUGCCGGAGAGCAACGAUGAUAAGCUUGACCAAGAGAUUGCUGAGCGCAAAGCCAAGCUGAAGAAGCAGAAGAAGGCUGCUAAGGCGGCACUGGAUGACUAG